GCAGGUUAGUCUGGGGCAACAGGAGACAGUACUGCACUGAUUUGUUUUCUCAGAUUUGAUUUGAUUUAAGGAUAUCGAUCCUGUCUAGCUUGGGAAACCAGAGUAAAUCGAAUAUGAUUUAGUUUGAUCAAAGCAAUCUCAACAUUAAUUUUGCAAACAAUCACAAACCCACACAAAGUACAUAGAAUGGUAGCAGGCAAAAAGGUGACAAAAGAAAGUAUUCUUCCAUCGGUGUGUGAAGAUGAAGGAAAUGAAGGUGGAAAAGAAGAGGAUUUGGGUGGAAUCGCAAGCAGGCCGGUCAGUAGACCCAGAAGUCUCUACAGCAGAGGAAGUGUGGAUGGCCAAACAGUGUCUAGAUCUCCCAGCCAGCAUCAAAUCACAAGAAUGGCCCAUCAGGAUGAAGAUCAUACGAAUGAAGAAGAUGAAGUGGAUGAAGGUGGAGAUAUCCAACCAGGUGAUGGACAGCAGCAAGAGAGGAAGAGUGUCAUCGGUGACGAAGAUUUUGACACAGACCUGGAACUCGACAGAUUUCACAAUGAAAGACGAGCAUAUGACCCUACAGGACAGUCCAGCUACAGAGAGGCUUGUAAGAUGCUGAAUGUAAUUCCAGUAUCCUACUUCCUUCGAAAUAUGAACCAGAGUGAACUCAACAUGAUGCAUUAUGGGCUGGGAUCACAGGGAACAAAAGCUCUGGCGAUUUCUUUGGUAACCAACACCUCCAUCUUGAAGCUGAAUCUGCGAGAUAAUUGGAUGGAGGGAAUAGGCGGGGCUGCCAUUGCUGAUAUGCUCAAAGAGAAUUGCUACAUCACAGAAAUUGAUUUGUCUGAAAACCGGAUGGGUGAAUACGGAGCCAGGGCUUUGUCCAGCAUGCUGUUGGAAAACUCUACCCUAUUCUCUCUCAACCUCUCCGGGAACCAUCUGGACGAGCGAGCGGCCAGACACCUGUCCUCAGCUCUGAACGGCAACCAGAAACUUCAGCACCUCGACCUGAGUCACAACAGAUUCGGAGAUAUAGCAGGGGAAAUCCUGGGUGCUGCUAUUGCCGAGAACGCGGGAAUGAAGUCACUCAAUCUGGCUUGGAACUGCAUUCGAGGAAAAGGAGCCAUUGCAUUUGCUAAAGGCCUGGAGGGAAAUAUCUUCUUGCGGACCCUGGAUUUGUCGUACAACGGUCUGGGUAAAGAAGGAGCUGUGGCUCUAGAGGAAGCACUCAAACACAACAAUACACUGGAGGAUCUGAACAUCAGCAAUAACCGCAUACCGCUUGAAGGAGCCAUCCAUUUUGCUCUGGGCCUCAAAGUGAACACGACAUUACGAAUUCUCAAAAUGUCUAGGAACCCAAUGCAGUCAGCGGGAUGCUUCGCCAUUUUAAAAUCAGUUCAGGCAAACCCAGAAACUGCAGUUGAGUUCUUAGAGUUCUCUGAUAUUUGCGUGGAUCAGGAAUUUGAAGACUUACUCGAAAGCACUAAAGGAACACUUCCAAACCUUCAAGUGAAACAUGGUGGAAAAAUUAAUGCUGUGCUUAAAAAGAGCUGAAAACGCAUUCUGGACAAUCCAAUUGUAAUCGUGUAGGCUUGUAGAACUGCAAAUAUAUUUCUGAACUCUAAACUAAUUUGAAUCUUAUUCCACACUCCUCCACAUAGUAAAUUGGAUCAAGUCAUAGUUGAUGGAUCAUGGUUUCCGGCAUUAAGGGAAUGACGCUUCAGUAGAAAAAUGUUUAGAAGAAGAUUUGAUUACAUUAGUGACCAUAGACUUUAAAACAUUACUUAGAAAAUGGUUAGUUUUGAUGAUGUGUGGAGCAAGCUAGACUUGCUAGACUAGAACUUUUACUUUUACAACUCCACCGUUCAAAAGUUUUGUUUUCCGACACGCGCUGUACGUGGUAGACCAAUCAUAAAGGACUGCGCCAUCUGACCAAUCACAGCAGUGAGGGCUCACGGAAAGGAGGGGUUUAGAGAGACUGAUUCUUCGAACUGCUUCGCACGAGUCGUUUACAAAUCAUUAAGAAAUGAGGUCAAAUUAAAUCUAUUUUUGGAAAAAACUAAAGUGUUUUUUGACCCUGCAUACAUGUAAACCUUUUUUAGUAGACUCAUAAAACAAUAUUAGCAACCUUUAAAAUGGCAUAAUAGGAGCUCUUUAAAAGAUUAUUUGUUUCACAUUUGUGUCAAAACCAUGAUAUACAUUUUUUCAGGAAUCAACAUUUGAACAGCAUUUGUUUGAGAUGGAAAUCUAUUAGUUUAAUAUUAAUACAUGUAUUUAUUUCAGUCACUUUUAAAAUGUCGUGUAUGAACGCAGUUCCACUGCCUCAUUAAAUGUCAGACUACAUGAAAUAGUUGCAUUUCUAAAACUUAUUUCUCACACUGCAAGACUAUUCAAGUGAAUGGUGUCAUAUUGGUGUCACACACAUGAAAUCAUCUUUACAAAUGAUUAUCAUUGUAAUCAUAGUUUUGGACAACUUACACCAUGUUUUUUUAUUAGUAAAAACGCAAUUUUAGGUUUUUCUAUAUAGGCCUAUACCCUACCAAGAAAACCAGCUAUGGCCAACAAACCAGCUUAUGUUUUAAUUUAUUAAAUUUUCACCGGACUAGUAUAAAAAGCUUUCAGAUUCUGUUAUUUUAAUUUGUACCCAGAUAGCAUACGCAUGUCUGCAAGAUGUCUGUUAAAGAUCUCUUGAUCUGGAAAGCAUCUGCUGUGUACAAACGUCUGGCAGACGUCUGUAAGAUGUCAGUUUUACCAAAGUAAAAGCACCUCUCGGGAAGGCAAGUGCAGCUCCUAUCUCUUUGAAUGGGGAAACAUCAAAUUCUCCAAAACUGUUCACCAAGCUUACAAUUAAAUUUCAUAUUUGAAAUCCUCAAUGAAAUUUGACAAAAACUGCCUCAUAAAUAUUGUUCCUUAUGCUCCAAUAGCAUUAAAAAAAAGCUUAUUUUUUUAGGCUAGAUCAGUACUGAGCGCAUGUCUUAGAACGAUGACUGUAUCUAAUAGCAACCGGGAUUUCUAACGGCAGCUGCAGUGACGCGCUGACUUUACUAAUCAACGAUUGGCUCUUUCAUUAAGAAGGCGGGGCUUUGCGGCCAUAAUGAGCAUUGCAUCUUUCCCCAUUCAAAAUUAUACGAGUGACAAGUCUUGGGUAUUCUAUAGUCUUUGGUUUUACAUACACUAAUCAUAAACAUUUUAAAGACAUCUAAUAAACGUCUAUUUGACAUCUGAUAGGAAACAUUUAAUAGACAUAUUGCAGAUGAGCAAACUAUGUCUUGCAGAUGUAAAUGCAGACGUCAAAUAAAUAUCUCCAAGAUGUACGUGUGCUAUCAGGUGUAUUCAUCCAUUUUAGGCAGCAAACAUGGUUUGUUAACCUGAUGCGUAGCCAUAUUGGUGAUACUCAAAUGUAAAUAACAUGGAUUGCAUUGUUAAUGUACUACUGAAUUUCUGGUCCGAACAAAUAUUACAACCCAAAACAUGACAAUAACUGACCAUUUUCAGCAGCAAUAAUCAGCAAAGUAUGUGAGUUUCCUUCAGUUCAGUGCGUGGGCGUAGCCACGGGUGUGGCGGUGCCACCCAGAGUGGCAGCUGGCACACCUAAAAAUAGAUGCAGAAAUAUUUUUUUAUAAUCUUAUAAACAUGGGCGGCGCUAAAGAGGGACUAGCAGCUGCUUCAGCACCCACACACAUAAAAAAUUAAAUAAAACAAAAACAUUUGACUCAUCAUGCAAGCUUAACUCCUGCAUUGCAAUAUAACGUGACGUGAUUAGCAGGUGCACUUUUCGAAAUGUCACAGAAUUUUAUUCUAAAAACAAAGUGACAAGCCUGCUCCUACUAAAAACAAGCCUGCUCCUACUAAAGAUUUUUCUAGUCAACUACAUGUUUAUAUUGAAUAAUAAUAACAUACUAACCAUCCUUUAAUGUAUAGGCGUAUAGCUUAUUCUGCAUAAACCCAGCAGGCACACAACGUCAUAAGACGCUUAUAUGUGGUUAAAUUUCGGAUGCGACAUCGGCUGACCAAAAUUCAAUGUAAAUUCAACGUUUAAUGUCAACUUAACAUUAAAUUGAUGUCCAAUACCAAUGUCAGCUGACGUUGAUAUUUUGUUGUUUUUAGGUUGUGUAACCAAAAUCCAACAUUAAGUCAGCGUCAAAUUGAUGUCAAAUACUGACGUCAACACGAUUUUCAUUCUCAACCAAAAUGCAACGUCUGUCUGACAUCAUGUCCAACGUCAACCUGACGUUAUAUAGACAUCCAGUGCCUGCUGGGAAGCUUGCACCGCAAAAGUAAUGAUUAUGAAUGUGUUGGGGGGGAAAAGAAAACAUUUUAAUUAUUUGUUAAUAAACUUUCUCCUCAGUCAGUGUCGGCUGAAAAGAUGCCGCCGCUGCACUCGCCCUCUCCACAUGAACGUCUUUAAUAGAGUAAUGUACCUUUUCAUUCCGACUGCACAAUAAGUGUUUAUUUUUUUUAAAUUGGUUUGUUUAAUAUAUAGGCUACAUUUUGAGCGUUCUAUGGAUUUCUUUGUGAGGCAAGUAGCCGGUUCAUUGCUGUGAUGCGCUCCAUUUCACGGAGACAGCAGAAAGCACAACCUCUCUGUUUUACAAAAGCACAACCUUUUGGUGUUAUCGUGAGUAUACAUAAAUCAGAAAAAGUUUUUGCGGGGGAAAAGAAAUGCAAGGGAUUGCGUGGGCACAAGCACAUUUACAGAAUUGCCUUUAUUUUCGUUAAUAUACAGUUCUUAAAACAACAUAUUUUACCAUUUAAACAUCAAGCGUAUGUGAACUUUUAAAUUGCUUAAUUUGUGUGUAAACGCCUAUUAUGUGAAAAAGCUUAU